CUCCUCCUCCUCCUCCUCUUAUCCGGCACUUGUGGGCAAGGGGGCAUCGAUCUUCGAUCAGGAAGAUGGCUGCUGGCUGGUGGCUCUUUUUCACCCUGACCCUUUUGCAGUCCUUGGUGAUAAACCUCUCCGCAGACGGGCCCUUCCCUUCUGCCACCACGAUAAAGCGGUGGGUGGAUAAGAUGCAAGAAGACCUAGUAAGGCUGGUGAAAACAGCGAGUGGGGUGGAUGAACUUGCUCAAAUAUACCUGCGAAACACAGACUUAUAUACCGUGGAGGCCAACAAUGCACGGCAGCUGGUAGAAAGUGCAGCCCGAGAAAUCGAAAAACUCCUGAGUAACAGAUCAACAGCAUUGGUGCGCCUUGCUGAAGCAGCAGAGAGAUUUCAGAAAGAACAUCAGUGGCAGGAUGAGUUUGCGACUAAUGAUAUUGUCUACUACAAUGCAAAGGAUGAUCUGAACGAAUCUGGAAGAAACGAGAGUGAAACUGGUAGUCAGAGAAUCAAACCGGUGUUUGAGGAAGAUCCCAUCUUUGGUCGGCAAACAUCCUACCAGAAUGCAGCAGUCCACAUACCUACGGAUAUAUAUGAAGGCUCUACAAUUGUGUUGAAUGAACUGAACUGGACCGGAGCUUUAGAUGAAGUCUUUAAAAGGAACAGAGAAGAAGACCCAACCUUGCUUUGGCAAGUUUUUGGCAGUGCAACUGGCCUUGCCAGGUAUUACCCAGCAUCUCCAUGGGUAGACAAAAGUCAAGCUCCAAACAAGAUAGAUCUGUACGAUGUCCGUAGAAGACCAUGGUAUAUCCAAGGAGCUGCAUCACCCAAAGACAUGCUCAUUCUAGUCGAUGCGAGUGGCAGUGUCAGUGGACUAACACUGAGGUUGAUCCGAACAUCCGUCAUUGAGAUGUUGGAAACCUUGUCCGAUGAUGAUUUUGUGAAUGUUGUUUCAUUCAAUGAAAAUGCUCAGAAUGUCAGUUGCUUCAACCACCUUGUACAAGCUAACGUGAGAAAUAAGAAGAAGCUGAAAGAAGCCGUCAAUAAAAUCUCAGCGAAAGGGAUCACCGAUUAUAAGAAAGGCUUUAGUUACGCCUUUGAACAGCUGCUGAAUCACAGCCACAGUGUCUUCAGAGCUAACUGCAACAAGAUUAUAAUGUUAUUUACCGAUGGCGGUGAAGAAAAAGCGCAGGAGAUUUUUGACAAAUACAACAAGGAGAAAAAAGUCCGUGUAUUUACAUUUUCUGUUGGUCAACAUAAUUAUGACAAGGGACCCAUACAAUGGAUGGCCUGCAAAAAUAAAGGUUACUAUUACGAAAUUCCUUCCAUUGGUGCCAUAAGAAUAAACACACAGGAGUACUUGGAUGUUUUGGGGAGACCAAUGGUUCUGGCUGGGAAGCAAGCCAAACAAGUCCAGUGGACUAAUGUUUACUUGGAUGCCCUGGAACUUGGCUUGGUCAUUUCUGGAACCCUGCCUGUCUUCAACUUGACAAAAGACCAAAAUGAGAAGCAGAACCAGUUGAUACUUGGAGUAAUGGGAGUUGAUGUGUCGCUAGAAGAAAUAAAAAAACUGACUCCACGAUUUACACUUUGUCCAAAUGGAUACUAUUUUGCAAUUGACCCCAAUGGUUAUGUGUUGCUUCAUCCAAAUCUUCAGCCAAAGGAACGGGAUAUGGACUGCAAUGCUGCUUUUGCCACGGCAAUGCCUUCAUGCAUGCUGCCUGGGUUUGAUCCUUCUAAUGCCAUUCCAUUGCAUAAUCCUAAAUCUCAGGAGCCAGUGACGCUGGAUUUUCUGGAUGCAGAGCUGGAAAACGAUAUUAAAGUUGAGAUUCGGAAAAAAAUGAUAGAUGGAGAAAGUGGAGAUAGGACAUUUAGAACGCUGGUCAAGUCUCAGGAUGAGCGCUACAUUGACAGAGGAAACAGAACGUACACAUGGACAGCUGUAAAUGGUACUGAUUACAGUUUGGCCUUGGUGUUACCAUCCUACAGCUUUUACUACAUAAAAGCCAACAUUAAGGAAGCACUAACUCAGGCAAAAUUCCCAAAGGUCCAAAAUGUUACGGAAACUCUGAAGCUAGAUCGCUUUGAUGAAUUCGGCUACACCUUUUUAGCACCAAGAGACUACUGUGGGCCUGUGAAAAUAACUGACAACAACACUGCAUUUCUUCUGAAUUUCAGCGAAUUCAUAGAUCGAUACACUCCCCAAAAUCCUUCAUGUAAUGAUAUGGUUAUGAGAGCUUUGCUGGAUGCAGGAUUUACAAGUGAACUUGUUCAGAAUUACUGGAGUAAGCAGGACCCUGAAGGAAUCACAGCACGAUUUGUAGCUACGGAUGGAGGGAUCACUAGAGUGUAUCCCAAAAGUGCAGGAGAAUAUUGGACAGAAAAUCCUGAAACCUAUGAAGAGAGCUUCUACAAAAGGAGCUUAGAUAAUGAAAACUACAUCUUCACAGCUCCCUUCUAUAACAGAAGUGUAUCUGAAGAUGGCAUUAUGGUCAGCAAGGCUGUGAAAAUAACCGUCAAUGGAAAACUUCUGAAACCUGCAGUUGUUGGAGUAAAAAUCAAUGUGACCAACUGGAUGGAGAAUUUCACGAAAAUCACAACAAAGAUUCAGUGCAAAAGUGAACUGUGUGGGUGUGAAAAGAACAGUCGGCAUGUUGACUGUGUUAUCCUUGAUGAUGGAGGAUUUCUUUUGAUGACAAAUCAGGAAUGGGAUAUGCAAGAGAUUGGAAAAUUCUUUGGUGAGAUUGACCCUGGCCUCAUGCGAAAUCUCAUCAACAUGUCCUUAUAUGCCUUUAACAAGUCUUAUGACUAUCAGUCUGUGUGUGACCCAGAAGAAGAAGCAAAGCAAGGAGCCGGACUCCGCUCUGUCUAUGUGCCUACGAUAGCAGAUAUGUUACAUCUAGGGUGGUGGGCCUCUGCAGCCGCUUGGUCUAUCUUGCAGCAGCUCUUUUUGGGCCUCACAUUCCCACGUUUUCUUAGCGCCGUGGAAAUGGAGGAGGAAGACUUCAGUGCCAUCCCAUCAAAACAGAGCUGCAUUACAGUACAAACUCAGUAUUUCUUCAGCAAUGAUGAAAAAUCAUUUUAUGGCAUUUUAGAUUGCAUAAACUGUUCUAGACUUUUUCAUGCAGAGAAGAUUUCCAAUACAAAUUUAGUAUUCAUAAUGAGUGACACCAAACAUAUGUGCCGUCACUGUGAUACAAGGCCACUGAUGCAAGCAGAGAAGCCUGAUGAGGGGCCAAACCCCUGUGAAAUGGUUCAGCAACCCAGAUACAGAAAAGGUCCCGAUGUCUGCUUUGAUGAUGAUAUUGACGAUCAGCCUAUAUGCACAACGAGUCGUGCCUCUGCCAUGAUGUCCGCUCCUAUCUCCAUUUUUCUGCAAGUUUUCAUGUGGUGUGGAUGGAGGAUGCAUCAGACUGUGGUGGGGUCUCUGGAUUGAGCCCAUCACUAUGGUCUAUGGUAGGAAUUCAGCUUAUCCUGCUUUGGCUGUUAUCUGGCAGCAGACACUGCCAGUUAUGACCCUGUUAAAACCAAAACCUGCGUAAUAAAUCAAGAUCCUGCCAAAAUGUUAUCCCACCAUUUCACUUGGAAAAGGAGGGUCCGUCUGCUCAGACCGCAGAUCAAUGGCAAUGCCCAUUACUUGAUAUAUUCUUUGGGAAAGACUCUGAAGGCACCCAUCGUGACUGCAUGUUGGCGUGUCAGAUCUGUAAACGUGUGUGAAUGCUGCAUCAUCUAGGCCAUUGGAACUGAAUUCUCUAUGUGCUUUAUUGAAGAAUUGCGGUUUCUGUGCUUUUGAAGACUUUUCUGUAAAAAGGGCUCCCCUUUAAAAGGUUAUGACAUGAUUUCGGUUAAUUUGACCUGAGUUUUCAAUUGGUUGCACUCUUUUUUUCUUUAACAUGAAUGCUUUGUAAGGGGGAGAAGGAAACCCAACCAUUUCCUUAGCACUCUUAUUUAGCGUACUGAUGUUUUAAUGUCUGCUUUCAAUAUCACUUGUGUCCAGAAUGCAAAAUAGACUUUGAUCCAGAGUUGUUUCAGACUGGCUAGACCUCUACAGAGAUUCAACAUGACUUAAAAUGCCUUAUGACGAAUGAUUCCCCCCAGCCAUAAUUAGUCUAAAAGGGUGGCUAGGUUGAGUAGGUUCAUGAAAUGAAUACAGUUAUUUAAAAGGCAAAAAUGAAACAACAUAAUGUCUAAGAGAAGGGUUAUUGAGAAUGUCAUCCUUCGACAGAAAAUGUGGUUUUCAUCCCAAAUUUGGUGUCUGUUUCCUCAUUGCACAGUCGUUGAUGUCCACACCACAGUUCCUGUUCUCAGAACAAUGACUUACUGCUAGCCAAGUCCUCCAAAAUGUUCAGGCACAAAGUUUGUGAAUAAAAAUGUCUUUGUGAAUAUCGAACGUUGGUUUCCAAGGGUAUUUUGCAUGAUGUUGAAGCUGCUACUUUUGCUGUUUCUUUCAGUUUGGUUUUUUUCCCUUUAUUCUUUUGAUGGUAGAGUAUAGGUUUUGGGAUUUUUUUUUUUUUUUUUAAAGGUAACUGAGUGAUUCUUUUGUUGUGUGAGAAACCAAAUAUUGCAAUGUGAUGCAAUUUGAUCUUAAGUUAUAUAUUGUUAAACAGAUAUCUGAAUAUACUGUGCAAUGUAAAAGUGGAAAGGGGGUAUGGUACAUUUAUCUGUCUGCACAAAUAAGGAAAAGAUGGGUUUUAUGCAGGUGAAAACACCUAAAAUUCUAUCUACAGGUGUUUUAAAUGAAUGAAAUCCAAUUACAGACAUUUAGUUUUGAAGAGCAUGCAUGCUCAGAUUUGUAUCUGGUAGAUUCUUGUUUGUUUCCAUUGCAGUUAGUAUCUACCAGUACCUAUUAGUACCUAUAAAGCAUUCACCUUUUUAUUAUUUUAUAGUUAAAAUGUGCUGAAUUCAACUAAAACUGUGCUGAAUUUUACUAAAACAGUAGCAAAACCUGAACAAAUGGGGAGCCUUGAAUCUAUAUGUAUGUUCAAUGAUACUUGAUUGUCAAUAAUAAAAAAUAAUGUUUUUAUACAAACCUGGUGAUGAAUCGGAUAGGUGAAGGAAAAUAACAGUAAAGAAUAUUGUAGAUGCAGGAUAAAAUAUGUUCUCACCCUCAUAUAUUUCAGAACUAACCAGUAUUGCAAGACAGCUAAACCAAUGAAUGUUUAACUUUACUGAUAUUGUAGAAAUCUGCUAACAGCUGCAGUGUGCUAUUUACUUUGUAUAAGAAACCCCACUUUUUAACAAAAAAAUGUAAUAUAAUAGUGCUGUUAAAUGACUCUCAUCUAAUGUUGAGUCCAAACGUCUAUGAAAAUUAUUGGGAAUGCAUUUAUAUGCAAUGACAGGUUUUUUCUUCAAAAAAAAAACACCUGUUCAUAUUUAUAUAUGGAUUUAAAGUUUCUGGUUUUAGCCUUGUCCAACAUUGAAUUAUUUUCUUCUUAAGCACCCUUGCUUCUAGCUUUACUGUGAAAAUCAGAGAUUAUAGAGGAGCAACAUCACGAGCACAGUUCUUCAACAGCUUGUUUGUAAAGUCAUGUGGUUGUAAAUAAAAGAACAGUUUCAA